AUGAGGAGGCAGUCGGCUGGAUCGUCAGACGACGACGAUGCUUCUCCUGUCGAGACCCCUCAUGUCAAUGUCUCCCGCCUCGGCGCGAACGGGUCGAGAUCAUCCGCUCAACCUGUGAACAAGCUCGACCGUCGUCGCAGUGCCGACCGCCGCAGAUCUUCGCUCUCAACAAACCGACGUCCCAGCAGCAUCAAUUGGCGGCCACUAGAAUCCCGUAAUGGCAAUGGGGCAGCAGAGAAGCCACUACCUCUCGAUCCUACACCGCCGCCCUCUCCGCUGGCCUUGAUCUUGACCUCUAACGGGAGUUUGGACUCGAAAGGAAUGGAAACGAUGCCAGAGCGGCCGAACGGGCGGCGCCCGCCAUCGAGAAACCCAUGGGCAAUCAGCCUUCUCACGCUCCUCGCAUCCAUUGUCGGCAUCGGGUUCCUGUUCACUGUCGUCCAUUCUUCGGCGACACGGCAACUUGAUCCGAAGGGCUGCCGCAUGUCUUACAUGCGGCCGUCGUAUGCCAAGCUCAACGAGUUCGAUACCGAGCACACGCGCCUCGCGAGCAAAUACUCCCUGUAUCUGUACCGCGAGCAAGGGACUGACCAUGAUACAAAGGUCCGGGGAGUUCCCGUCUUGUUUAUCCCCGGCAAUGCUGGGAGCUACAAACAGGUUCGCCCCAUUGCCGCGGAAGCCGCGAAUUAUUUCCACGAUGUCCUACAGCACGACGAAGCUGCCAUCAAGGCCGGUGUCCGGAAUCUCGACUUCUUCACGGUCGAUUUCAACGAGGAUAUCACGGCGUUCCACGGCCAAACGCUCCUCGACCAGGCCGAGUACCUCAACGAAGCGAUACGAUACAUCUUGUCGCUCUACCUCGACCCGCGAAUCUCCGACCGGGAUCCUGAUCUGCCAGACCCAACCUCAGUUAUCGUCUUGGGACACUCCAUGGGAGGCAUCGUCGCCCGAACGAUGCUGGUUAUGCCAAACUAUCAAACGAACUCGAUCAAUACCAUCAUCACCAUGUCGGCUCCGCACGCCCGGCCUCCAGUGUCUUUUGACGGGCAGAUUGUCCAGACGUACAAAGAAAUUAACGACUACUGGAGACGAGCUUACUCUCAACAGUGGGCCAACGACAACCCCUUAUGGCAUGUUACCCUGGUUUCGAUUGCCGGUGGUGGCCUGGAUACUGUUGUUCCGUCCGACUAUGCCAGCGUUGAGUCGUUUGUACCCGACACCCAUGGAUUCACCGUAUUUACGUCGACGAUUCCGAGUGUGUGGACGAGCAUGGACCACCAGGCAAUCCUCUGGUGUGACCAGUUCCGGAAGGUCAUUGCGCAUGCGAUUUACGAUGUGGUGGACGUUCACCGGGCUGCGCAGACAAAGCCCCGGGCUGAAAGGAUGAGGGUGUUCAAGAAAUGGUUCCUAACAGGCAUGGAGGCUGUCGCAGAGAAGACGGCGCCACGCUCCGACCCGACCACUCUGCUCACCAUCGACGACAACUCGGACUCGAUCAUCGCCGAGGGGGAGCGCUUGGUUCUUCGCACUUUAGGCGCAGCAGGCAGGGUCCGCGCCCAUCUUAUGCCUAUUCCGCCUUCAGAGUCACCUGGCAUGAAGCGGUUUACUCUGUUGACGGAUACGAAGCUUGACAGGCCAGGGGAGAACGGAAAGCUGGAGGUCAUGUUCUGCAGCGUGAUUCCAUCCCAACCAAGCCAAUCUUGGGCAGGGUUUCCCAGCCAGAUGGACCUUUCCAAGGGGAACACCGGGUCCACGCGUUUAGCUUGCAGGACUGUGGCGUCGGAUGUCGUUUCACUCCCCGCAUCGACUCCCUCGACGCGCUUCCCUUUCUAUACUGACGGGGAAAGAGAAAUCACGCCGUUUUCCUAUUUAGAGUACGGCGUGGACGAUAUUGCUGAGCACCAGUUUGUGGCAGUGGUGGAAAAAACGACGACUCCCGUGCAAGGCUUUGUGGUUGCCGAAUUCAGCGACUAUUCUCAGUCGCACCGGACGCGGCACAUCAGCCUCCGGCGUCUCUUACCAUUUGGUAUGGAAUUCCGCCUCCCCGCUGAGCGACCGAUGGUCUCCGAAAUCAAGAUUCCCUCUUUGCAGUCGAGCUUGCUGGCCUACGAUCUUCGAAUCAGCAACCAGGCCUGCGAUGGCAAGCAGGAGCUCUUCUCCCCUUUGGUCCGGCAAUACUUGGUUGAGCCCUACGAGUCGAAGUACUUCGUCAACGCGCGAGAGGCCACGAUCAGCCUUCACGGCGUUGCCCCAUACGUCCCCCCGCCACUAACACGGAAGUCGGACGAAGACGGACUGCGCUUCCAAUUCUGGGCAGACCCAACCUGCAACUUCAGCAUCGAUGUUGAGCUUACAGUCGACGUUAUGGGCAGCCUCGGUAAGCUCUACAUGCGCUAUCGCACCGUCUUUGCUGCGUUCCCCCUGUUCGUGGUGGCCUUGGUCUUGAGGAACCAGUUCCGCGUUUACGACGCCACAGGGAUGUUCAUUCCCUUUUCAGAAGGCUUGGAUCUCAGCCUACGGCGGUCUAUUCCUUUGAUGCUGGCUUCACUCACGAUCUUGACUCUCUACACGGCGAAUCCGACGGCCGGCAACACGACGCUUUGGCACUGGAGAAACAGCACGGCUUCAUUCAUGGACUUCCAUCAAAAUGACCUCCUCAUUGGGACACAGGACCCCCUGUUUCUCUUUCUGGUCCCUCUAAUUGGAAUUGUCUGCGUCGGAGUUUGCACAGUGCUCAACUACAUCGCGCUCGUCCUGACGCAUCUUUUGGGCGCCCUCGCGACCCUGCUCACGUUCCGCCCUGCAUGGACUCGGAAUGAGGACAGGAGGAGAGCGGCCGCCGCCGCCUUUUUCUCCCCGUCGCCGCGGCGACGAAUGAUCACGACCGCCAUUUUGCUGUUGCUCGUCUCGACGGUGGUUCCCUAUCAGUUCGCCUACCUCGUAGCAUGCUUGGUGCAGCUGGGGACGACAGUUCGGGCCCAGAAGAUCGCGUCGGAGCUGCGCUCGACCAUGAAUUUGAAUCUCUACAACUACGCCCACUCGAUCCUCGUCCUCAUGCUCUGGAUCCUUCCCAUCAACCUGCCGACAUUCGUGGUCUGGGUCCGCAACCUGGCGGUUCACUGGCUUACGCCGUUCACCUCGCACCACAACGUCCUGUCUGUCAUGCCGUUCAUCGUGCUCGUCGAGACGCUCUCGACUGGAAAGAUGAUACCUCGGGUGGGCAGCCGGCUGCGGCAUGUCACCAACCUCUUGCUCUUCUGCAUCGCUGUGUAUGCGGCCGUGUAUGGCGUCUCGUACGCGUACACGCUGCAUUACCUAGCCAAUCUCUUCGCCUUUUGGCUGGCAGUCAUGCAUUCGACGUCAGACUCGUGGUCUCUGGAGGGUUUGUCCCACCUCUAUGCAGGAGAUUCUGAAGAUCGCAAGAGAGGAAAAGAACCCUGA